AAGAACAAGUGUGUUGGGCAAAGAAACAAGACAAUUAAAUGGUGUGUUAUGAUGUUCCGGAUUUAUUUACCAUGUUUUUGUCUGCCGCUUUUGUUUUUUGCCAGCAUUAAAGCCAUAAAGGUCAUUGGUUGGCAUGUGACUGUGACAGCAGGAGAUGAUGCACAGUUAUUCUGUGAAGCGAUCGAGACAACAGAGCCUCUAACAACUAUUAGGUGGCAAAGACACACAAAGAAAAAGCCGACAAAUACAGAUUUUCUGGUUAUCACUUCCAGUGGCAAAGAAGAACAUAUAAACGGACUUGGGGGCCGAGUAAAAUUUGCAGGAAACUCCGCAGUACUGGACGGCUCAAUUCUUCUAAGUAAUGUUACUCUUUUAGAUGAAGGAAACUACACCUGCAUCUUCAGCGUAUUUCCAAGUGGACAAUAUAAAACAGAAAUUCAUCUCAGAGUACAAGUUCCUCCUGUUGUCACUGUGGGCACUAAUGUUCCUGCUGUUGCUGGGGACACUGAAGGGAUUUUAGCGACCUGCACUGCAGCCAAUGCAAAGCCUGCAGCAGAAGUGUUGUGGAGUCUGGGUGCUUUAAACAACACGGUGAAAGUACAAAAUACUGUCACUGUGGACUCUGAAGAUAGAUACACUGUUAAAAGCAACCUGAUUGGAACUGCAUCUAAAGAUCUAAACCAGAAGAAGGUUCAGUGUGUAGUCACACACCCUGGCCUAAAGCAGAAACUGGAACUGAGUUACACAUUGGAUAUUCACUAUCCUCCCCAGGUGGUUUAUAUUAGUUCAGCAGGUGAUCAAGGGGAAACCUGUGAAUUUCUGUGUGCCACAGACGCUAAUCCAAAACCUACAAACUUUACCUGGGGCAGAUCUUUUCCAGUGAACGAGACCCUUUCCAGUGGUGUUAAUAGCAGUCUGAUUGUUCAGCUGACCCCUGAUAGUAACGGACAUUACUAUUGUGUGGCGUCUAACCAAUACGGGGAAGCUGUUGGUUACUUAUACAUGUAUGAUAAAACAACUCCAGAAUCUAAAACCUGUUGGACUCUGUUCAUCCUGACCCUCGUUGCUGGGGUUUGCUGUUUUCUCUUUUGGAAAUUUGAAUUGUUUCAGCGUAUUAAUAAAAUACUGCGGCGUGAUAUCGGUCAACCUGUGCGUACGGAAUCUCCAGAUCGGGCAGAGGGCACUAAUACAUGUAACAAAACUCUCUACUGGGACCAUACCUUGGCGUGGUGGAGGGGCUUAUCCUCCUUCAAGUGAGGAGAAAACCAAAUGGUCCCACAGGAUUUGUCACCUAAUGGUCCAUUUUAUGUUUGUUGACUGAUCUGCUGUCAUCAACAGGACAACAAUCAUAUAGGGGCAUCGUAAGUGGGGGGUGACUGAGUACAUAGGGCCCUGGCAUGUGAGGGGCCCUCGACGAUCAUUUUAUAAUUUGUAUUAAUGUUAUUAUUUUAUUAUCUGCGCAAUCUAUUUGACAGUCGCGCUUAUGUGCUGCUUCUAAUUCUCUGUUGUUUUGACACGAAUCUACCUCACCCACCUCGAGCGUGCAUGCAGCAAUGCACAGACUGGACAUAAUUUUAUUGGUUAAAAGAAAGGAGAGGGAGGAGAGAAAAAGAAAACAAAAUGAGGGAAAACAACUCCUCACAAGUUUUUUGCUAAAGAGAGCAGGUGAGAUCUAAAGCACUGCACAAUGUCAUUGCUAGCCAUUAAAAUAAAUGCUUGCUAAGUUGCUGCACAAUUGUCUCAAUUUCCAUAAGACACGACUUGUUUCCAAGCAUGUGAUAAAUGUUCUUAUCGUACUACUAAAUUCUGAUGCAACACGGAAAGUGUGAGACGUAUUUUUAGAGAUUAAAUGUGAUUAUGCAGAUUGUAAUGUCUGCACAUUGUGUGUUUUUGCAUCAAAACAUUAUGAACGUGGUCCAACAUUUUACAUGAAUAAUGGUGUAUAUAUAAUUGUAAACUGGCAAAGUAUGAAUUAAUUAAAAAAAUUAAGCACAUAACACCCUGUUGCAGAAACAGCCACAGAAAGUGAACAAGGCCCUUCAAACAUUCUUACUGCAGGUCAAGGUGAUGAGAAUGUUAGUGAAGGUAAGCCCAGUCAGCCACGAAGUGUCUUAUUUCAGACAAUAAAUUGUUUAUGUAUCCAACAAACUUAAAACAUUUUUAUGCAGAAAUUAUACUAUUGUUUGUCUUUAAAUAUAAUAAGCUUGUUAUUACUUCAUCUUUUACUGUGUUCUUACACUAUGCACAUCAUGUACUGUAACUGAUGGUAGAAUAAAUACUGUUGUAAAAUAAACAUCAGACAUGUAUUUCAUGA